AUGACUAACAACGGAAUUAGCAGAGUAAGUUCGGAGAAAAAAAAUGAACUUGGACUAAGUCUAGAUUCUCAAAACUGUAAUCAAAACACUCUCAAAUACAUUUUGUUUCAGAACAAUAAUGCAGAACUCGACCAAGGUUUUCAUCUUCCAAGUACUCAGGAAAUGUCUCUAAUUCGAAAUCAGACUAGAUUAUCUCGACCAGAAUUCAUAAAUCUUACUUCUCCACUUCAUAUCAUUACUGAACAACAAGUUACUGGAGUCGCAGAAGCAAAAACAGUUCAAUUUUUGACUCGAAUUGUUCUGACUUCGAGAAAAUUGGCGUUGGAAGAUCGACAAUCUUUGUAUGGAAAUAUGAUUGAAGCGGGUGGAAAUAUUGGAACAAGUAGAUCAUCGAUUGAUUUGAAUAAUGAAGAUGAAGAAGCAAAUCGAGGAUUGGAAGAUUAUUCGUGUAAAUUGUUUUAUUCAGAUAAGGGAAUUCUUAUUGAAACAAUUCAAGUUGUUAGAAAAAUUGGGAGUGGAAAAACAUCGACGACGAGUGAAGAAAAAACACAUCCGAAUAUUUGUAAAACGAAAAUUGUUGGAGAUAAAGAAGAGUGAGUUUCUAGAGAAACAUCCAAAUUUUUUCGAACAAAAUGUUUUUUUUCAGAAUCUCUGAAGGUUCCUUGAACAUCAAAUGCAAAGAAACCAUCAACGCAAAAAAUCAAACAUAUUCUCGUUCGGAAAAGUUUUUCAUCGGAUUACGAACCAGUGAAGCUGAUGGAACAUUUCAAAUCAACUCGCAAAAAUCAACAUUCAAUCCGACUGAAACUAUCAAAUUCGAGGAAAAUGUCUGGUUCGAUUCCAAAAAUUUUGGGUAAGCCGAGCUGAAUUCUCAUAAAGGUUGUUGAUGUUUCAUUUCGAAAUUCCAGAAUUCUUGUUGAACACAAUGCAACAUCGGAUAUGAGUCAAUACUGGAAUCACGAACACGGAACUUACGGUGAACAAAAAUGCGAAUAUCACCCAAUUUGUCCAAAAAUGGCCGACUCAACACCAUCUUCUAGCGCUUCAACAUCUUCAAAUUGUAGCCACCACAAUUCCAACAAUAUCUCACUUUCUCUUUCGGUUUCUUGUUGUUCACUUCGUCCAUGUCCCGCAAAAGCAAAAUUGACUCCGAAAAAUGUGAAAACACCACAGAAAUUGGAUGAGGACAAUCAAAUGUCGCCAGCAACGAGUUUGAAAAAUUUGGCAAGAAGAAUGACACCAAGGAAAAAUGUUGAAGAAUUGGCAAAAAAUGUGGAACAUGGAUCAAGUAGAUCGGAAUAUAGUUCAGCAAGAAGUUCGACAUCUGAGCAACCAGGGCCAUCUAAUAGAAGCUUGAGAAAGAGAUCAUCGAUGAAGAAAAAACAAACGCCAAAAUAUGAGGAGACACCAAAAUCGAGAAGAUCUGGAGCGAGUUCAGGAUCUGAAUCGGAUGGUGCACCAAGAGCUGCGCCAAGAGCACUUUUUGGAGCACAAAAUUCUGUGGCAUCAGUUCCGAAAGGUAUGUGAGACUAGACUCUCUAGACUCUGAGAUUUUUUUGCAGAAUCCACCAAAAAGUUGAAACGUAAACAUCCAACACCGAGAAAAGAAUCACCGAUGUCCGAUUCUUCUGCAAAUUCUUCAGCUCCACCAAGUUGGUUCUCUCCACAUUUUCCUUUUUAUCUCAACAAAAAAAAAAACAAAUUUCCAGCCUCGACCAAAAUUCUUCGCCGCAAAAAACCUCGUCAAACUACGACACCAUCAUCUGGCAGCAGUUCAGCAAGUUCGCCAGGUGUUGAAGCCGGUUGGUUUUUUCCCCCAUGAAAUCUCUCUCCCUUUUCAAAAAUAUUUUUGCAGAUUCGAGUGCAAAACGAACACUUUCGAGACUUCGUGCUAGAAUGGUUGGACCAACACCGAUCAAAUUUGAGGAAUUGAAGGUUGAUGAUGUGUCUUCAAGAAGUUCGGCUAACUCUCAAGCGAGUUGUGAGUUUUGGGAAACAGUAUAGGGUUACUGUAGAUUAUUUCAAAAAAAUUUGGAAUUUCGUUAAAUUUGAGUCAAGCCUGCAAACCAGUUUAAGAAUUUUUUUUGAAAAUUUUAGGAACAUUUUCUGAAUCGCAUUUUUCAGCUACCAAGAAAAAAGUUUUGAAGCGAAAAACUUCCACCAAUGCUCAAUCAUCUUCAGCAUCAAGUUCUGCAGCAUCAUCUUCAGCAGCAUCAUCUUCAGCAGCAGCCAGUUCUUCUGCAAGUUCAGCCCCAAGAUCUUCAGAACCCAAAAAGACUAGAUCUAAGAUGUUGACUGAUAGAUCGGUUUCGAAAAGUUUUGAGAGAAAUGGAACACCGAUGUCUCCAAAAUGUAAGUUUUUUUUGUGGAAAAUAUGGCAUCUCAAUUUGUUUUCUUAAUUUCAGAUUCAAGACAAACAACAUCGGAAAAGAAAACGCCGAAGAAAACUCUUUCAGUUCUUCGUGCUCAAAUGGGAAAUCAAAACAGUUUGCAGAAUACGCCGAAAACUGAACAAGUUACCAAUUUGCAAAGUUCGGCUGAUUCGGGAAGGUUUGUUGAAUUGGGUGUCUAGAAGGAUUUUUGAUAUUUUGUGUUUCAAAAAAUUUACUGUUUCAAAAUAUUCAUAACUUUUUAGUUUCGUAAUAAUGAAAUUGUAGAAUACAUAAUAGAAUUUUCUCAAAAAAUGUUUCCAGAGUUGAAAAAAUCGACGGAAGUCAACCAAUUGUUUUAUUCGAUGAUCAACAUCGACCAGGAAUGAAAAAACAUUUUGAAGAAAUUGUUGAACUUGGAUUAUUAGUCAAUGGAACAAAAAUGGAAUGUUCAUAUCGUCUUGUAUUUGUAUCAUAUAACAAACCAAAUACUGAAUUGGUUAGUGUGACAUUCAAGGGAAAACAAGUCUCAAGACAAAAGAAAUAG